GCUUGUUGACUUAUCAGAAUUGGCGGUAGUCAAAUGUGAUAAGCGGCCACGAUGCAUUGCUAGACUUGAAAGCUCCGAAAUUCCAAAGAUUUGAGGAACUUUAAGUGGCAAUGUUUCGGGAUUGGCGUAAACCUAGCCACAAGCGAUGGCAGAAACUACAGCAGAAGCAAAAACCAGCGAUCCUGACCGAAAGGGAGACGAUGAUCGUGUUUGUCUACGACGCGGAGUGUCUGACAGACGAGGCGGAUGAUCCCAUUUCGGCGGUCCUGUAUUUUCAUCCCAGUUGGGUGUCCGACUCCCAGAAGGUGGCUCUGUGUGGACAACUAAUGGGCACCUCGUACUUCCUCAAGGAUUGCUUCUUUAAUCCCCGCAUCCUGGCCCUGCAGAAUGGCAAGUUUGUGCUGAAGGAGUUCGGUCGUUUCAUCUUGGCCAUUGGCACUGAUCGGAAUAUUGGAGACCAACUGUUGGAGCAUCGCGCCGACUUGCUGAGCUCCCUGCUCAAGUUCUUCCACCGUGACGUGCAGACUCUGUAUGCUCAGUAUGCCUCCCUGAGUCGCCGGAAUCUCAGCGAGAAACUGUACCACAUCUUCGAGACUUAUUUGCCGAUGCUGCAGCGCAACGGAAACACAUUUCAGAAUGUGCCCCGGUUGCGUAUGCCAAAGACGGCCAGUCAUAUUUUCCUGGAGGCCAUACAAACGCUGCAAAGUUGCCAGCAGACAAAGGGAAUUCUUGGCGGAGCCAUUCUCUACCACAACAAAGUGGUGGCCUCUCAACUAAGCGAUAUGGUGACCAAGCACCUGGUGCUCACCGAUCCCCUUCACGUGCGAACGGCUGCGGAACCAGUGUCCAACCAUCAAGAGUUCCACAUUCCCAAUGGCGUCCAGAUGCUGGUGGUUUACUUGGAGCAGAUGCAGUACCGCCAGUUGGUUGGCGAGGCACAGCGCGCCCAGAACCUGCAGAUGAGCACGGCUCAGCUCUCGCAGAGUGGAGUGCCAUUUCAGUAUGCCAAGCGGAAGAUGAAGCGUGACAAGUCGCUAAUCUUCACCCACAUUCCCGAGGAGCGGGAGCAUGCGCCGGAGCAGCAGCUGCAGCAGCCAUCGGAGUUGCCACCAGCCAGACCCAAAUCCAUGCGACCCACCCACCUGCCCCUGCGCAUAAAGAACAUGCAGAGCAAGGAGCUCCCAGAGUCGGGGAUUGCGUCCAUAAACUUUGACGAAACCGACUCGUAUCCGCAGUUCAUUGGACGCACCAGUGUGUGCAACACUCCCAUGACCGAGAACAAGGUGCUGCCGGUGGCCAAUGUAAUGUCCAUUUGCGCCAAUCCCGAGGACGAGGGCAAGGAGGAGGAUGUCCACAAUUCCAAUGGCAAGGCGCAGUCGCGUCGGAGCUCCCUCAAAGUGGAUGUGGAAAAGUUCUUUCAAAACUUCAUCAGCAAUCCCAACAAACAGCUGACCAGGCGCAAAUCCUCUGCUGACUUGCAGGAUGCUCUUCGAGCCAUCUCCAAGAAACUGAACCACUUUACGCAUGGCUUCAAGACCGAUGUGAAUCGAAAUGGCAGCGGGGAUGGCCAUGCCUCCUCCGAUUCGCCGGAUUUCAUCGAGAACGACGAAGAGAAGAUAACGUCGCGUACCAUCAGCGAUCCCACCUAUCCGGUUUUCAAUACUAAUGGCCAGCAGAUCUCGCGCAGCCUGUUCCAGCAGUUCCUCGAUCAGUAUCGCAAGCUGUGGGGCGUGGCCAGCGAGCAGGCGCACGAGGAUGCCGAGCUGGCCGCCCUGGUGGCCGAGUUCCAGGAGUUUAACGCCGAGAUCCAGAAGCUGGACGAGCACAUGCGGCAGCAGGCCGCCGAGGCAUCCUCCGCCGAUCGGAAUCUCAACGUUUCCGCGACUAAAACGCCGCUGGACAAGCGAUCUAUGACGCUGCCCCUGAAAUCAGCAGGAGAAUCCACUUUCGGAGAGCGUGCAUCCGGACGCAGUGGAGCCGGAGGAGUGCCGCUCACACCACUAAUGGCCAAACUAUCUGUACUGGCCCUGAGCGAGACCACGCCCAUCGAGAUACAAACUCCGCUGACCAGCACUAAGGUGUUUCCACGUCGCAGUUCGCUGAAGUGCGAGGAUGCAGUGGAUGCCCUGGCUGCCAUGUCAUCCACUGCUCCUGCUCAACCUCCGGGUCCCAUUCAACCGGAUGGCCUGCAGCGCACGGAACUCUACAUUUGUGGUCAGCAGAAUAUGACCCUGCUGUUGCUCAUGGAGGAGGGCACUUGUCAGCAGCAGGAGGUGGUGCAGAAGAUGUUCGACAUAUGCGUGGCCAAGUUUCCGCACAUGGAAUCUCAACUGAAUCAGACUCUAAACGUAAAUGUGGAGGGCGACAACCGCGAUGGCAGCAACUACAGCUUCAUGUGCGUGGACUCCAAGUGGGAUGUGCUGCAGCGGAAUGGUCCUUGGAAUCCCCUCGAGCUUAACAUCAUAGAGAGCAUGCACUCAAUACAUUCCAAUGGUCAUCAUCUUACAGAUUUGAUCUUAAGAUCCCACGACUCCGUUUACUAUGGCCACAAGAACGGAAGAACCGAGUUCUUCUACAAGGAGCCCACCCAUCAGAUCAAUGGCAUACCACCGCCCUCGGAUCCCAUUGGGAAUAUACAGAUGCGAGCCAAGUCGCGACUGGAACGAGAUCAUUCCUACAUGCUGUUCUAGGAUCGUAGUUUAGAGUCGUAUAUUGAAUACUCGCAUGCUUAGCCAAAAACAGAAAAUGUUAACGGGGCAAAGUUCCCGGAAAAUAGCCAACUUUAUGCCAUCCGCUGUUAUAUAAUUUGCGAUCUCUGGCCGAUUCCUACGCGAGUCCAUAUCAUAUACAAAAAAACCAACCAAGGGAACUCAAUUUUAAACGACCUAAAUUUUACUUCGACUUUUUAUACAGCACAUUUACAAGAAAAUUACUAGACUCGUGUGGGAAAUCAAUAGAAAUAGAAUUCUAGACGUGCCGCUUUCAGCCAGCGAUAUAUUAUAUUUUGCCUUGUUUUAACUUUUACUUGAAGUACAAAAAAUGUUUUAAUGCUUUGUUUACAAUGUCCAGCACUGUUGUUUAAUUUAUAAGCUUGUGUGUAAUCUAUACAAUUAUUUUAAUUAUUUUGCAAUUGCUACGCACUGAUUUCGAAAGCCAAAGAAAUUAAAUUGAGGGAUUUUAAUUGUAAAUAUAAUACAAAAUUAGAUUCAUUUAGAUGGAAUUAUUUGUGACUAACCCAGACUUCUGUCCAGAUGCGAAUAUGCAUAUACUUAUCUUAGCUGUUUCUCAUUAUCAAAUAUUAAGCGCUUUGUGCCAAUUUAAAUGCAGGUCAAAUGCUGAGAACCGUCGUAAAAAUGAGGGAACGUGAGAACGCUGGUUUUUAACCAAAUAAAACAGUUUAAGCAGUGCAAUAAUGUGUGCAAGCAACCCACUAUUUUGAGAGUUUUGCGUUGACUUAGCUUAAAUAUACAUACUACAUAAAUACCUAAACAACAUUAUUUAUACAACAUAAAAAAUAUUCAUAUAUGGUAUAUGAUACAAAGACCGGUAUUGUUUUUGUAGAUUUUCAAAAAUAAACCGACUGUGUUUGAGAAA